CGUAUGACCUCUUUUAUUUCCCGACACAGAUCCUUGCCCAGAGGAAGACGGCUGAUAUUUUGUUCGUCCAUCGUUGUGCCCCAAGGACACAAGAAGAGAAGGGAGGGGAGGAUUUAACUAAAUAUUUCUAUGAGCUGUAUUUAAGUGCUGAUAAAUAUGUUCAGAAUUGAAAACAGUCUUCACGAUGUAUAAAUGCCAGGCCUCAGUUACCCAGGCAUCCAGCGCAUGACAGUGAAGCAUAACUUCCACAGCUUUGAUGAUUGUUGCCUUUACCUAUAAUACUCAAGUUUGUUGUAAGUUAAGUUACAUGUAACUUCCAUAAAAUAUUUACAUGACCUGGCUCCAUGUCUGUUAUUUUUUAUAUAAAUAUUUAGCCAGGCUACCUUCAAUCUCAUAUUUAAAUACUUCAAUACUUAUUCGCCCACGCGUUCGACUCAACAACACUAGAAUUUCACAUACUAAAAGGUAGAGAAUUAUUUUACAGAGUGCGGAAGAGUGUUGACCCCCUAGCACACUUAAAUAUCAUUAUCAACAUGGUAUCCUUCCAAAUCCUCUCCGACCUCCAUCUCGAAUCCCCCACUGCCUACGACAUCUUCAAGACUCGGCAAAUUCAUCUUCCUAGACCAAACGCGCUACGACGACGUUUCGGAAGACCUGACUGUGCUCGGCUGCACGCUCCACUCGCGUGUCUCCGCCGAGCAGGAGGAGAGCGUCAGUUUCAGCCUAAAUGACUUUUAUGACAUUGACAGCUGGACCAUCGCGGACCAUAACAGUGCCCACGCUGCGGAUCUGGCGUUGGCUGAAUAAUGACCAGGUUGCGAGCAUCUCUGCUGCGGAGCCGGGGAAGAGGAUUGUGAUUUUCACACAUCGUAAAUAGCCCAAUCGUGCGGGAUGGAUGGCAGAGCGGUGGACCCGGCGCAUUUAUCAUCCUCGGACUGUAGAUUGGCGUUUCAGGGGAUAUUCAGCAUCUUCAUCUCUCUCGUUUUAUUCGUAUCAACACUAUCAGUUGUAUGUUGUAUAGAUCACAACCCGAGUGUGAUGUGCCAAAGCUUGUCUUUCUUUACUACAUUUGCGUCACCGACACUAAAUAUUAAAUAUAUUAUUAAUAAUAACGACCAUCCAGUUGGCACUAUAUUUAAAUACA